AUGGCUGAUCAACUGCGCUGGUCAUCGCAGUUUGCCGUCGCCCCAUCUCAGGAUACCCCAAAACUACCUGGAGAUAAGAUCGUUCUCCCCCAGUCUGCCCUUGAACAGCUCCUCGCCGCCGCCCCGAUUCACGAGGUAGUAUCCUCGCAGCGACCAUCUCAUCCAUACACCAGCACCUUCGAUCCGUUCAACCCACAUACGUUCGCCGCUGAAUCUUAUGCACGCGAGCGUGGUCUCGACCGACAGCAGCAAUUACCCCACCCGCUGACGUUUCGCAUCGUCAACCCCAAAAAUGGUCGUGUGAUUUACGCCGGUAUUCGCGAGUUUUCCGCUAGGGACAAUGAGAUUGGUCUUAGCGGAACGUUACGGGAAGCGCUCGACAUUGGAGAUGACCAGGGGGUGCCCUUGCAGGAGGGCGAAGACGGUGCGGUUUCGCUCCCCGUAGUGACUGUACACGCCAGGCAACUCCCCAAGGGUACAUAUGUUCGCCUGCGGCCUCUAGAAGCUGGGUAUGACCCCGAGGAUUGGAAAGCCCUGCUUGAACGCCAUUUGCGCGACAACUACACUACGUUGACGACGGGAGAGGUGCUGACCAUUCCCGGGGGCCAGGAUGGGUCGUUUCGAUUUUUGCUCGAUCGGGUAGAGCCCGAGGGCGAGGGAAUCUGCGUUGUGGACACGGAUUUGGAGGUGGAUAUCGUUGCGUUGAGCGAGGACCAAGCUAGGGAGACGUUGCAGAAACGGUUGGCAAAGGCAUCAUCCCGUACCCCUGGAACACAAGGGGGUACGUCUGCGGGCGGAAUGCUCAAGUUGGGCGUCGCAGUCAACGGCCAGGUGCUUCCGGGCGAGUAUGUGGACUAUGAGCUAAAGGAAUGGGGAGGGGACAGCCCGGUAGAUAUCAUCGUUGAGGCGGACGAUAAUGCCGAUGUUUCUCUGCUGGUGAGCCCGCUAUCUGGUCGUCAGAGGAACCGCCCGCGCGAGGAUGAGUUUGUGUUUGGCGAGCUUUCUGGUCCGGCAGAAAAGCGGAUUACGAUUGCGCCUACAAAUGUUGAGUUGGACGGGGCAGAGUCGUUGUAUAUAUCUGUGCAUGCAGCGCAAGAUCUUUCGCAGCAACAGCCAUCACCAUUGCCAUAUCGGCUGCGCAUUGAAUCUGGCUCAUCGACGACCAAUGCUGGGGAUCAUGUCACGGAAGAACACGGCCCUGAUGAUGUGCAGUGUAAAAACUGCCAGCGAUGGGUAGCCCAGCGGACGUUUGUUUUGCAUGAGAAUUUCUGUUUCCGAAACAAUAUACUCUGCACGCAAUGCAAUAAUGUGUUUCAAAAGCGCUCCUCCGAAUGGGAGAAUCACUGGCACUGCCCUCACGAUUCUUCAUACGGCAAUGACCCUGCCGGCAAGAGCAAACAUGAUUCGAUAUUCCACACGAACCGUUCAUGCCGUGCUUGUGGCUUCGAGGCCGAGGGUCUCCAGAGACUCGCUCAGCACCGGACAACAGUCUGCCCAGCAAAGCUUAUCCUCUGUCAGUUUUGCCAUCUAGUCGUCCCGCAACAAGGCGAGUCCGAUCCGGACAUCCACGACCCAGAGGUCUUACUCUCCGGCCUCACCCCGCACGAACUCGUCGACGGCGGCCGAACAACGGAAUGCCAUCUCUGCAACAAGAUCGUUCGACUUCGCGAUAUGAAGACACACCUUCGCCACCACGACCUCAACCGGCUCUCCCGCCCAACACCCCAAAUCUGCCUGAACCAGAAUUGCGGCCGCACGCUCGAUGGCCGCGGCCUCCAAUCCGCCAUCAACCCGGGAACCGACACCUUAGGCCUCUGCAGCAUCUGCUUCGGGCCGCUAUACGUCGAUACCUACGACCCGGAGGGCAAAGCGCUCCGCCGCCGCCUUGAGCGCCGCUACCUCUCACAGGUCAUGAGCGGCUGCGGCAAACCCUGGUGCCUAAACGAAUACUGCAAGACGGGGAAACAAAAUCGAAAUCCUUCUGAAGCUUCUACAUCUAUGAGCGCAGCCGAGAUACUCGCUCUCGUCCGCCCGCUCAUUGACAAAGUCGAUCUCCAACGAAAAGGAUCGCACUCGGCGCCGCUAUAUCUAUGCGCUGACCAGGCCGGUCAGCAGAGGCGUGUUCUUGCUGAGAUGAUUGCCGCCGAGGAGCCAGAGGUAUCGGGGAGAAAGGCAUAUGAACUGCCGUGGUGUGUUGCUGCUGUCGAGGCAGCCAGUGGUGAGCUUGAUAAAGCGCGGGAGUGGUUAGAGAAUUGGGCUCCUGCGAAGGGGGAGGUUUAA